CUCCACUACCCAAAUCAGAUUGGCGGACCGCAUUUGGUCGAACCACCCGUCGGAGCGAGGGGAGAGUACCACGCGGCGCGGCGGCUGCCAUGGAUGACGAGGAGCACGAGGUGUACGGCCAGGAGAUCCCCGUCGACGGCGAGGACGUGGACAUGGGCGCCGCAGGGGAUGACGCGGCCAAGCUGCAGGAGCUCGACGAGAUGAAGCGCCGGCUCAAGGAGAUGGAGGAGGAGGCCGCCGCGCUCCGCGAGAUGCAGGCCAAGGUCGCCAAGGAGAUGCAAGGCGUAGAUCCUAAUGCAACCACAUCUGAAAACAAAGAGGAGAUGGAUGCUCGGUCAGUGUUUGUUGGAAAUGUUGACUAUGCUUGCACUCCAGAAGAAGUGCAGCAGCAUUUUAAUUCCUGUGGAACUGUCAACAGAGUGACAAUCCUGACUGACAAGUUUGGGCAACCUAAAGGUUUUGCUUAUGUGGAAUUUGUUGAAGUUGAAGCUGUUCAGGAAGCUGUUAAGUUGAACGAAUCAGAGUUGCAUGGUCGCCAAAUCAAGGUGGCACCGAAGAGGACUAAUGUUCCCGGCUUGAAGCAACCCCGGGGUAGAGGAUACAAUCCAUACCAUGGCCACCCCUACAGGCCAUAUGGAGGACCGUUUUAUAGUCCUUAUGGUGGCUAUGGGAGAUUUCCCAGAUUCCGCCGUCCGAGAAGACCUUACUUUUGAAGCUCAGGUCUCAAGAGCUGUCAGCACACGACUCUAGUCUUCGACCAUAGUCGUCCAGAUCCCAGAGGACACUGGACCUUAUUCCCGCAUUUUGUUGUUUCAUAGCUAAACACAGUUCUAUGGUUUUUUUUUAUUAUCUCGGUUGUGUUGUUUCCGUAUUGACGCUACAAGCAGCAUGGUGUAUUAUUGACUUUCAGCGACAGUUAUGCAGAACGAUUAGAUGGUCGAUGGGUUACACGUACUAUUGGGUUGCAUUGU